CCAUAGAAAAUUGGUUUCAGCUGCUCGUUCUCGAAAUUUCUUUCUCUGUCAAUUUUUUUAUUGUAUUGAAUCAGAAAUGGGUUUUAUUUUUUGGUAGUCCGAAAUGGGCGGUCUUGGGGAUUUGGAUUUCGUUUCCCUUCGACCGAUGGUGGAAUCGUCUGUCUUCGGAAGCAAAAGAAGAUUGUUGACCCUGAUUUCUAUGUCCAAUCUAUCUAUCAAAUUUGUAUUUGAUAGUUUGAAGCCCCUGCUUUGCUCGGGCAUUUACCAUGGUAGUCGCAUGAAGUUGGUUGGUUCUUAAUUCAAGUAGAACCUCAACUACUAUGGAGCUAUCGGAUGUCCACUCCGGUAGAACCUCAACUACUAUGGAGUUAUCGGAUGUCACUCCGGUAGAACCUCAACUACUAGUGAGGUAUCGGAUGUUGAUUCUGGUAGAAUUUUAAUUUGUAGAACCUCAACUACUUCCAUAACCUCACGACCUCACUUACAUUGGAUACUUCCAAUAGAAUCUCAUCUGCUAUUAGUGAGUUUUAUCAUGGGUAGAACCUCAAUUUCAAGGGCUCGCAAGCAAUUCUUCACUGAAGCUAGAAAGGUUUGUGGGUAGAACCACCACAACUCGCAGAAUUUGUUGCACUUGAUGAUUGUAUGGGUUAGACAUAACGCUUUCUUUGAACUGUAGUCAGUCACCAAUGGAUCUUAAACAGAGAUCCUCCCCAAAUUCAAACGAUUUCCACUGUGAUUGUAGUUUGUGGAAUUCUCCAUUCAGCCAUGAGGAUGAAGAUGUUGUGAAUUCAGGAGUUCAACUUGUGAAAACCUGCAGUUCAACUCGUGAGAGAGCAGUGACUGAAAGUGAACCCAUGAAGGCAUGGGUAAAUGAAUAUCCUCCAUUAAAUUUCUGAGAAUAGAACUGUAAUACGAAGUUCAUCACAAUUAAACUCUGUAGAGAAAUAUUGUUAUAGUUGACAUAAAUUGUAAUAAUGUUUCAUUCAUGCUGUGGUGUACAUCCAAUCUCUCUAAUCUUUUAGAGAUAAGUAGUUGCGGACUUCUUGUUUGAAACACUUGAAAACUCAGCCUGUUUUUUGUCUCUAUGUUACAGUAUGACCAAUUUCUGGCAAUUGGAGCUUGUUUGAUGGGAAUGCUUACUCUACAGAGUGCCAGUAAACGCCAAUGGUUCAUAAACUUAUAUAAUUCUGUUAGUGACCACGCUGAGUUCAUCAUGCGAUCUACCUUAGGCAACUCCGAUCGAGAAUGGUGUGAGUUCAUGACUCAUGAGAUCUUUGCAUUAAAUUUUUUCCUUCUCAAUUUCUGAAUAAGUUUAUAAAAAAAAAAAAAAAAAACCAUGUAUUACCAGAAGAACCUGCAAAUCUCGUGUAAUUAUUAAUCAGCUAAAACAAUCAAUUGAUCUUAAUAAAUCAACACCAUUAACAGUUGACAUUUUCCAUGUUGGACAUAAUCCAAUAUGUAUUGCUUAUGGUGAGUUGAGCUAUAGGCUAACAUAUUUGAGUGCUGCUCUUAUUUGGGCUAAAUUUUCAUGGUUCGAAUUUUGAUCAAAUGGGAUUUGUUGGCACUGUCUAUAAAAGAUUGUAUUAAUAACACAAAGAAAGCACAGAGGAAAAAAAUUUGUGGAGGGGGACUCAUAACUAUUCAUAUUCGAUAUUGGCUUGUUUCUGCUGAUCAGUCAUAGGUCCACUUUUGGUUUUGUCUUUUUUGUUUUUUUUUUUCCCGAAAUAAAUAAUCUAGGAUGACUCUCUGAUUCGUUGUAAUCUUGAAAUAAUAAUAGUAAUUAUUUGGUCGGUCACGAACAUACAAAGAAAGAUAAACUCUAGGAAAAGAAAAUUUCUCUGAAAUCUCCAGCCUUUCUGCUUGGAUGGAAAGAAAAAGCUCUUAUUAGUAAAAUAGGAAUCAUAACUAAUGUGGGGUCUUCUUUAGAGUACUUCAGAGCUAAGCUUAACACUGUGGAAGAAAUAAAUUUAUAAAGACGCCUUCGACUCAUCAUUAAACAAACAUCACUCAUAUAGCGUCGGAGCAAAGCUAGUACUUUGAAUCAGUUACCCACUUUCCUCUUCUUAUUUCUCAAACACCAAGAUUUUCUCAUCAAAUUAAUCCAGAGAUAUCUACCUGAAUCAGAAAUGGAUUUCGUUGCUUUUUUCAGAUUCCGUCCCACUGAUGAAGAAAUCAUCCGUCUUUUGGAACAAAAGAGGCUUGACCCUGAUUUCUCUGUCCAUACUAUUUCUGAGAUUAAUAUCUACGAUUUCGAACCUUCCGAGUUACCUGGGCUAUCACGAAUUCAGUCCGAUGAAAAAUGGUGCAGCUUUUUCAGUCAACCUGAUUAUAUAAAUGCUGAUACCAAUCGCGUUAGCAGAGCAACUAAGACAGGUUACUGGAAGCUAACCGGGAAAGGUUGUAAAAUCAAGGCUAAACACAGCAAGGCGGUCAUUGGUAGCAAAAGAAUUUUGGUUUUCUAUGAACGGCCCGGUGGUUCGGUGGAGAUAAGGACUGACUGGGUUAUGCAUCAGUUUUCCAUAGGAGAAAAUCCUCUUUAUAAGAAGGAUUUUGUUGUGUGUCGCAUAAAAAGAAAAAGAGAUAAGAAGCGUCGUGUUUCAACCAAUGUUGAAGGUCAACAAAAUAAGAAGCCCUGCAUAUCAACCAGGAAUGAGGGUGAACCAAGUCAUAGGAUUGCUUUUGAUAAUGGCAAUCCUGUUGAAGAUAAUACUAGAAAUUGUGUUGCAGAAGGGACAUCACCAGAAUCGCAAUGUCCACCAAGUAUUUUUUCAGCUUCUAGUCAUAGACAUCAUGUUACAGAGAGUAAUUUGCAAGUGGAUCCCCAGCAUCUUGCAAAAUCAAAUGCGCUGAAUGAGUGUAAUGGGUUGGAUUGCAGAUCUUUCUCAGCACUGCAGUUACCAAUAAACUUGGAACAGAGACCCUCAUACUCUAGUGUGUCUGGUAAUGACCAUGAUGCAUCAAAUUCUCUGUUCAGCGGUACGAGGGAAGCUAACUAUGUGAAUCCACAUCAAUGUAUCCAGAAUGAAUACCCUUGUGAAGAUGUGGGAGAUAGUAGUCUUCCUCUUGACUUCACCUCGACAGAAUCAUUAGCUGGAAUUUGCAGUGGGGUGACCAGUGAAUUUAACUCUGAAUCAGAAACCUUAAUUGAAUGGGUAAAUGGUUUAUUUGCAUAAUUCCUAGCAUUUGUAAACCAAAUUCUGUAUUUUUGACAUUGUAAUGAUGUUCCACUCAUGUAUCUAUGUAUUAUCAUUUCUGCCUAUCUCUCGGGUGGAUUUCCUAUUUGACAACUAUUCCCAUUGUUGAUAUUGUCAUUCUAGUUCCUCUUAGUGUUAAUCUCGUCAUUUCUAACUUCUUCUAGCAUCGAUUUUGUCAUUUACAGUUGCAUCAUGCACCAAUCUCCUCUCAGAUUAUUCCCACCAUUUUUAACUUCUUUCAAUAUCGAUCUUGUCACUUUCAACAACUCAUUCCUACAUUUAAUAUGGUGGUUCACCCACUACUUGACGCACCUUUCCCAAUUGAAUCGCGGUUCAAAGAACUCUAAUAGCUAAAGCCAUUGGAUUGUCACUCAAAAGUUCUGCCACCUUCAAUGAGCAAUAUAUGUGCUAAUGCCUUAGUGGUGCAGUGCAGGUUGCUAUGAUCCUCUCUCUUAACAAUAUACAGGUACUUAAUAUUUUUUUAUACACCUUACCAACAAAAUUUUUUACUGCUAAGGAUAUGAUGAUUCCUAAAUUAUAAUCUUGAAUGCAUUUAUAUAAGAAUAGUAAAAUUAAAAUAAAUCAGAAUUCCAGAUGGCUUUGAAUUCUAAUACUAGAAAGCAUGUCAAUGAAAAUUCUUUUUAAGAAGUGAGAAAAAAUAUUAAUCAGUGUCAACUAUUGUGUAGUGUUGGUUCUCUAUGAUUCUUUACUUCAGCUAGAACCUCAACUGCACCAUUUGGAAUCUGUUCCAUAAAAUCAUUUUCCAGAAAAUAAAAUUUGUCUUGGAGGAAAAAUUGCCUUACUUAAGUUACUUUGUUUGACAAAUAUUGCUAUUGUGGCUGCUUUGUUUGACACUGUAAGAAUGCUAAACAUUUUCAUUGUUGAGAACAAUGGUCAGAUUUUUUGGACCAUCUUGUUUAAAACAUUUGAAAACUCAACUCGUCAUGUCUUAAUUAACAGGAAUGCAAUUGAUCUGUCUAAGCAGGAUGUUGAGGUAGGAAAGCUCUAUUAUAGAUUUUGUAACAUCUUGCAUUGUCCGUUUAGGAUAUGCAACCCAUCAAAAAUUUGUUUUUGGGCUUUAUAAUCUCAAAUGCAUAGUAAAAAUUUAACAGGAAUCCAAUACAAUUUUGCUUAAAGUUUGCAAAAUCCAAAAGCUUUUUGGACCAGAUUACUUGAGCAGGAUGUUCAAAUUUUUUCAAGAAUUAAUUUAUAUAUUAUUUGAAUGAUGCUGCUCCCAGUCCCUCCACUAAAAAAGUAACACAUGUAUUGAUCCACACACAACUUACUUGAGAAAUGAUGUGAUCCAUAGUUUCUUUUUAAUCCUGUGGUGAACAACAUGAUAAGAAUAAAAUUUGAGCUUUUAAAAUGAUAAGAAAAUCCAACAUCGAGAAGGAGGAAGGUGGUGGAAAAUUAAAAGCACUUGAGGAAUCAUAAAAGCAAAACCUUCUUUGAGAAGUGGAUAGACGAUGACACAUCAGUCUUUUAAUUUUAUAGGCUCCUUAAUAUAGAAGGAGACAGAGGCAUGUGGGAUGACAGACGGUGGGGUCUUAAAUUAGACUUUAACGCUACCACUUGUUACAACUUUAAUCAAAUGUUGAGUUUUCUAUGUAUAUAAACAAAUGCACCCUCUCAGCCUUCCAUAGCAACUUGGUUUCAACUUUCAACUUUCAACUUUCAACUGCUCUGUCUCGAGAGAGUGUUCUCUCUCUCUUUCCUUUUAUUUUUCUUUAUUGAAUCAGAAAUGGGUUUUAUUUUUUAGUAGUCCGAAAUGGGGAAUCUUGAGGAUUUUGAUUUCGCUUCCCUUGGAGCGAUGGUGAAAUCAUCUGUCUUCGGAAGAAAAAGAAGAUUGAUGACCCUGAUUUCUAUGUCCAGUGAAUCUAUCAAAUUUAUAUUUGAUAUUUUGAAGCCUCUGUUUUGCUUGGGUAUUUACCAUGAUAGUUGUUGGAAAAAAAGUGAUUCUUUUUUCAGGUAGAACCUCAACUACUAUGGAAAUACUUGAUUUUAUCUUCGGUAGAACCUCAACUACUAUGAAGAUAUUGGAUUUUGACUCCGGUAGAACCUCAACUACUAUGAAGAGACUGGAUUUUGCCUUUGGUAGAACCUCAACUACUACGCAGACACUGGAUCUUGCCUCCGGUAGAGCCUCAACUACUACGCAGACACUGGAUCUUGCCUCCGGUAGAGCCUCAACUACUAUGCAGACACUGGAUCUUGCCUCCGGUAGAGCCUCAACUACUACAAAGAUCUGGAUCUUGCCUCCGGUAGAGCCUCAACUACUACGCAAACACUGGAUCUUGCCUCCGGUAGAGCCUCAACUACUACGCAGGCACUGGAUCUUGCCUUCGGUAGAGCCUCAACUACUACGCAGGCACUGGAUCUUGCCUCCGGUAGGGCCUCAACUACUACGCAGGCACUGGAUCUUGCCUCCGGUAGGGCCUCAACUACUACGCAGGCACUGGAUCUUGCCUCCGGUAGGGCCUCAACUACUACGCAGACACUGGAUCUUGCCUCCGGUAGGGCCUCAACUACUACGCAGACACUGGAUCUUGCCUCCGGUAGAGCCUCAACUACUACGCAGACACUGGAUCUUGCCUCCGGUAGAGCCUCAACUACUACGCAAACACUAAAUGUUGCCUCCGUAAGAGCCUCAACUACUACGAAGAUAUUAUAUCUUGCCUCUGAUGGAGCCUCAACUAUUACGCAAAUACUGGAUCUUGCCUUUGGUGAAGCCUCAACUACUACAACGAAACUGAAUCUUGCCUCUGGUGAAGCCUUAACUACUGUGAGCUAUAAAAUUUUAUCUCCUAAUUUUUAUUGAUCCCUUGAUUAUAUCUUCAGUAUGACUUACAUAGAUUUGUCCUAGGGAGAACCUCAACUAGUAGUAGCUCAACAGCUUUGAGUCAAUUUUGAGAGGUCAUAUGCUAUUCUUCAUCGGAGUUUUUAGUCUUCUCCAUCUUGUUCUUUAAUGAUUUUUAUUCUCUAGUUCUCCGUCUUUGGUGACUUGUUAUCUUUAUUGAUAUUAUUCACCAUUUUAGCUUGCCUAAGAGUUUAAACUCAAGUUGUUUGCUUCAUAUUUGAGUUGAACUCAAACUAAUCUUUUUUUUUUUUGGGGGGUAAGUGGCUUAAACUAAUCUUUAAUCGGACUCAAUUCUCUCUUACCUGGCUCGUGUAUGUUUUGAUUAUGGAAACCUUAUUUUAGCAAGCAAAAGGAAAGAAAGAACCUGCUUCAAACAUAGUUCCCAAUGUCUAACUUAAGCAUUUGUUGCAAGUGACACAUUCACAACUAAUCUCUCUCUGUAAAUCUUAGUUUGGCUUUAACCCCACUUAGUGGUACAAUUUACAAUUUCUAUGAGACAAUCAAAUACGCCCAAAGGCAACAGCUACCAAAAGCAACUGUAAGAGGAAAAUCAGUUUGGUUCAAAUUUGGCCAAUAUUUAGUUCAAGAUCAGUUAGAAUUGAAGAAAAGUUAGUUUAAGAUCAAAUUAAAAUCAACAAAAUAACUCAAACUCAAUUCAAAAAAUUACUUCAAAUUUGAUCUGAAUCAAUUUAGACUCAAAUAUUUUGAUUUAUUUAAACCCGGUCGAUUUUAUAAAACACUCUCAAUCUUUGGCUCUAAGACAAUUCAUUCAAUUCAAACUCAUACCAUUUGAAUUUAAUCCAACUCUACUUCCAAACAAAGUUACUUGAAAAACUGAAUGUUGAAGGUCCAUUAAUUAGACUAACAUUCAAUUUUGUGGAUUGUGGGGAUUAUUGACUACUUAAAAGACACUAAUAAAGUAUAUACUACUAAUUUUCAGGAAAUAAUAUUGCUAAAAUUGUUUUGUAGAGCGUCUAAUUUAACCUCCCUCAUGUCAAAAUUAAUUGACGAUAGCAAUAGUGAUGGCAAGGGGUGUAUGGUGUAGCUUUUUGUACUUAGGGGUGAUUCAAAAAUUUCGUGAGUUUUAGGGGGUGUUUUAAUGUCAACUCUCCACCGUCCUUGGUAAGUUGGUUUUGUCUUGUUUUGUCUUUCAUUCCCUCUCUAUGCUGAUUAUUCUUUGGAACUUCAGAAAUAGCAUGGAUAGAGAAAUCAGGGUCAUCCCUCUUCUGCUCCAGAAGACGGAUGAUUUCUUCAUCAGUGGGAUGGAAUCUGAAGCCAACAACAAAGUCCAUUUGUGAUUUAGCUGGAUAUAUCUGGUUUAAUUUGAUGCAAAAGUCUUGGUAUUUGAUAAAUAAGAACAGGAAAGUGGGUGAUUGACUCAAAGUACUGGCGUUACUCCAAGGCACUAUGAGAGUGAUGUCUAUUUGAUGAUGAGUCGAAGGCAGCUUUAUGCAUUAAUAAAUUUAUUUGUUGUACAGUAUUAAGCUUAGCUCUGAAGCAGUUUAAAGAAGACCCACCUUAAGUUCUGAUUUCUUUUUCAUGAUUGCUGUUCCACUUACAAGAGCUUUUUGCCUUCCAUCCCUAGUAGAAAGGCCGGAAAUUUCAGAGAAAUAUUCUUCUCCUUGUAUCAUGUAAUAUGGCCUUUAAUUCACGAAAGGUCCUUUUUUUAUGACUAGUUUAUGAGUACCCCGCCAACAAAAUCUUUUCCAUUGUGCUUCUCAUUGUCUUGUUUGUGUUUUUAAUAAAAUCUUUCAUAGACCUUCUAGAC